AUGUCCCACCAUAUUCACAUGGAAGUCUUGAAGUCUAGGAUUGAACGAUACUUGAAAGACGAUACUUUUUCCCUUCAUUCGCAACGCUCAUUCGCUAACCAUGUGACUUAUAGAGUCGAUUCAUCGCUUCAUGGUCGGCUUUUGCUCCGUGUGGCUUGGUCAUCAGUGUGGGACGACGGUACCCGACAAUUCAAGGAAGUCUCUGAUUUUAAGAUGCGUUCCGAGGUCGCUACAAUGCGUUAUGUGAAAGAGCAUACCAGUAUUCCUGUCCCAGACAUUCUUGUUUACGAUCCAGAUUGGGACAGAAAAGUUGGAGGACAGUGGAUGUUGAUGAGAUAUAUUGACGGUGUCAACCCCACCUUAUUAUGGAGGUCUCUUACGGAUGAGCAAUGGGAGACACUGUGUACAUCAGUAGCGGACAUCUGGUCCCAACUUCUUCGAUUACGCUUCAAAUACAUCGGGAGCAUAUACGAACAUCAAGAAAAAUCAGAAAAUCGGUAUUUUAUUGGUCCAAUGACCUACAUUCCACAAGCUGGAACUCUCGCAUCCCCAGAGGCUGCAACAUCUGGCCCAUUUUCAUCUUCCAGACAGUGGCUCGUAGCUGUGGCUAACGGCAAACUAUCCCCCACUCGAAAUAUUCCACCAGACGUCGACCACGAGCAGGAACGCAAGUGGCGGGAAACCGCUAUCGACAUCGUGCAGAAAUCACAUUUGCUUGACUCUCAGAUUCUUGACCACGAGCAGAUCGUCCUGUCCCACAUGGACUACUCACUGCAUAACAUCCUGGUCGAUCGUGACGACCCGACUCGCGUUAUCGCAGUGGUGGACUGGGAGGGCACACGAACCGUUCCUAUGUGGGCUGCCAAUCCGACUUUCCGAUGGCCAUUCUUACUUUCAGAUUCCAAAGUCAGCCACCUUCGACAGGUAAUGAGGGGUCGUAUAGCGAGCCAGGUACCCGGAUGGGAGUUCGCAACCGGGGACAGCUGCAACGCCCUUCGUUUGUUAGAAAGGCGAGCGGAGUGUAGUGAUAUGGAUCCUUCGGUGUACGACAUUGGGAAACCAGUCUUACACAAGAUGUCAUGGCUAGAUGCGCGUUGUCUUGUUUUCUAG